AUGAAGGCCGUGUGCCAGGCAGGAUACGGCGGGGCCGAGCAGCUCUCGGUGCAGGAGGUGCCGCUCCCAAAGCUCGAGGCGAGUAGCGUCCUCGUGCGCAUCGUUGCCGUCUCUGUCAACGCCGGAGACCACCACAUGCUCACAGGCCGCCCGUUCCUCAUCCGUGUAGCUGUUGGGCGGCAGGCGAUCCCUGGCAUGGAUUUUUCUGGCGUUGUCCAUGCAGUCGGCUCCGGCGUGGAGUGCAACUUCUCCGAGGGCGACGAGGUGUUUGGCACCGCCGACACCAAGUGCGGCGCCUUUGCGGAGUACAUCUCUGUCCCGGCGACGAAUCUGGUUCGUAAGCCAGAGAAGGUGACCUGGGAGGAGGCUGCGGCUCUCCCGACGGCAGGUAUGACGGCGCUGCAGUCCCUCCGCACGGGAAGGCCAGUGGAGACGGGCGGGCGCGUCCUGAUCAACGGCGCGUCCAGCGGGGUUGGCACCUUUGCCGUGCAGCUGGCCAAGUUGAUGGGGGCGAACGUGACCGGUGUGUGCUCGACGGCGAAUGUUGCGAUGGUGCGCUCCCUCGGCGCCGACGCGGUCGUGGACUACAAGAAGGAGAGCGUCGAGCAGGCUGCGGCGGCGGCUGGCGAGCGCUACGACAAGAUCAUCGACGCCGUCGGCCGGCUGGGCUGGCACCGGCUCCUCAAGCCCAAGGGGUCGCACGUGGCUGUCGCGCUGCCCAAUCCGGAGUCGGAGUGCGUGCCGUGCAGCCUGUGCGCGAUCGCGUGCUCGCCGUGGUGCUGCUGCUGCCUCAGCUCGUCCAAGUCGCACAUGUUCAUGCAGGAGGUGCGCGCGGCCGACAUGGACGAGCUAGCCAAGAUGGUGGCGGACGGCCAGCUCCGCCCCGUUCUCGGCCUGCGGCUAGUCGGGAUCAGCGAGGUGCCCGACGCGCUGGCGGGCCACAGCGAAACGCUCGGGCAGGGCCACCGCACGGGAAAGACCGUGGUCUCUCUCAGAGGCGUCCACUCGGAGAGCAUGGAGAGGGAGUAGGGGUCCUAUGCAGGAGGUAGCCGCCGCCUCGCAGUUUCGGCAUGAAGAACUCCCCGCGGCGUGGGUGGGGUCGCCCCCUUAUGAGAGAGUACAGAGAGAGAUUUUUAGCAAUACCUUUACAAGUACCGAUCAGCUUGCUA